AUGACAGAGCCUCUUGCCUCAAGUCAGCUUGACCAGCCUAGUGCUGAGGAAUCAAUCCAAGGAUUAAUUACUCAGUACCUUUUAGAGAGGGUCUCAGAGUUUCGCGAACUUACUGACCUCCGUCGCAAGGGAUGGGACAACCCCAAAGGUGAUGCCUUCUUCAAGAAACAACGUCAGAAUGCCGACAAACCAGAUAAAAAGACCAGUGAAUGGUUCUUCCGCAUGAUGAAGCAGAUUGCAGAGGAACUUCACACUACCACGGGUGCCUUUUCUAUAAACCCAUCGUGCGACCGCCAGCCUCGAAUUCUAGAUUUCUGCAUGGCUCCAGGCGGAUAUCUCCAUACGGCAUUGCAGAAAGCUCCCGGUGCUGAAGCUCUAGCAUUCAGCCUUCCAGUUUCCCACGGCGGCCACGAAGUGUAUUUACGCCAAACUCAGAGGGUUGAAUGUAGACUUCUCGACGUCACUAUGCUCGCAGCUGAUAUGGGAACGGAUACUAUCCCAGCCUCGCACCCUGAGGUUGAUGGUUUUAUCGAAAGACAACUCCAACCAACAGACAGAUUUGAUCUAGUUUUGUGCGACGGCCAGGUCCUUCGAACUCAUAUCCGCCCUGAAUAUCGAGAGAGCCAAGAGGCAGUAAGGCUACAUACCACGCAGUUAGUUCUUGGAUUAGAGCACCUGCAGCCACUUGGGACAAUGGUCGUUCUUCUCCACAAACUCGAGGCCUACAGAACGGUGGCUGUGAUACGGAGAUUUUGCAAAUUCUCUAACGUGAAGUUGUUUAAGCCCUCGAAAUUUCAUUGCACUCGGUCUUCCUUCUACAUGGUCGCAACUCAUGUGCAAAGCCAGCACGACAAUGCCAUCCAAGCAAUCACUGAGUGGAAAAAGAUGUGGAAUAUGACAACAUUUGGCAAAAAGGAAGACUAUCUAUGUCACGCCGAGAACGCAAAGAAAGAGGAAUAUCUUGAGCUUGAAAAUUUCGGCCCGGAGCUGGUUCGAUUGGGAAGGAAUAUUUGGAGGAUCCAGCGGGAUGCAUUAGCCCAAGCCCCUUUCAUCCGCAACAUUCAUUAA